GAAUUGAACGAGACCGAUGCAGAGCGCAGGCACUCACACACACAGCAUGCACCUGAGUUUCGAGUUAUUUACGGUAAUGCCACCGACUGGGACACUUCUGUCUGACCCUCUUCCCGCCUCGUUGACUACUCUUGUUAGUGGUUCCUGAAUCCUUAUCACUUAUUUAGGGGAUUGCUAAUCGUCGCCCUAAAAAUUCUUAUUUAUCGCCCUAAUUAUAUUAAAUUUACUAUAAUGUCCUUAGUUUAAUUUUUUUUUCUAUCAAACACUUAAUUCUGAAACAAACACAUACAUAGUUACAUACGUCCACCAGUCGCCGAAGCCGGAGGAAACAUUUUGGAAACCCACACCCAACAUCACCAUUUGAGGGGUUUACUGUUCAUCGCCGCCGUGCCAUCUCAUCUCCCGGUAGAUGUCCUGAUAAUACGGGCGAAUCAAGGGAAUUUCGAGUAAUUGUUGCAGGAGAGAAACGGUGGGGCAAGGUGUUUGACCAAUGGUCUCAAUUCUCAAACUCUCAACGAAGGUAAAUAGUUUGGUGCAUCAAAAUUCAAAAUGAUCUUUUAUUUUAUUAAAAGGAGCCAGCUUUUGCAUUGCUCUGAAUUUUGAUAGGCGAUAGCUUGGGGAUUUGUGAUUUUGUGUUUUUUUGUCCAGUGUGUUGCAGGAACAAGACUUGUUUCACCACCGAGAUCGGAGCCUAUCUGCUGUACUUAGUUGCCAACUUGCCGUGACGAAAACGAGCUGGACAUGUUCAAUGCGGCGCGGGUGGAAUACAACAUGGCGGGGAGCAAAUCCGGCAGCAGGACAUUGUUGCUAGGUUUUAGUUUGUUUGAAGUUAGGGGUAUAAGUGUCAAUUUAGUGUGGUUUAGGGCGAUUUAUUUUGAAUAUUAGGGCGACGAAUAGCAAUUCAGCUUAUUUAUGGCUAAAUUGUAAGUUUGGUCACUAUAAUUAAUAAAUAAUUUCAUGUUUGCCACUAAAAUUAAUUUAUUCCAUUCAUAGUCACUAAGAUUCGUUCAACAGUUCAAGUUUGGUCACUCUCCGUUAGUCUCCGUUAACUUUUUCUGAUGUGGCAGUCAACUCUAAUAUUUGACCGUUAAAUGAGUGACGUGACAAUUAAAAAUAAUAUUUUUUAAUUUUCCACCUCGUUAUUUUUCUCUUCUACUAAUUCCCAUAUCCCAUAUCUGAAUUAACGAUAAUCAGUAAUCGCCGCUGUGGUGGUGGUUUCAGUGAACAUCAUCUUCCUGGGAUGGAACUGCAUCGGAGAAAUAUAGGGAUCUUAAGAAUCAUUCAUUCAUGUCUCGGCGCCACCAUGAAUAUGAAUGAAUCAUUCAUUCACCGAAACCACCAAAACCAUGGGCAUGAAAUUUGGGGAAGGGGCGGAGGUUAGGCCUCGUCUUGAUAGUUGAUAGUUGGGGUUUGGACUUUGCAGUAAUUGAAUGGGUGGAGAUUGAUGGAGGAUGCGAAGACGAAGAAGGAGACUUUCUUUUUUAUUUUUGUUUUUCUUAUGGUUUCUUUCAUAUUCAUGGAAGUGGAAGUGGAAGUUUCACUUCACUGGUUGGAAAAGCAAAGGGAAUUCGGGGGUCACGUUCACUGCACCUUCACGCAUUUUCUACGAAAUCCAAGCCCGGUUGCACCUCUACGCCAUCGUCGUCACCGUCGUCUACUUCUGCUGGAGUCGAUGAAUUUUUUUUAUAAGGGUACUGGCGCCGAUGAAUUGUUCGUCGCCGGAGGAGGAAAAGAAGUGGAAGAAGGGCACAUCUGUCUCGGUUUGGAAAUCGCCUUAAGCGGAGGAGAAAAAGAAGAUGGAGAGGGCUCAUCUGUCGUCUUCUUUCUUUAGUUCCAUUUCCAUUCUAGCGCUCCGGUCCUUGCAUUCCGUCGGAAACCCUAGCUCGCCGGAGGGAUGUGAAGCCGCCUUAAGCGGCGUUGAGUUCAAUUAACUGGAAGUCGAGCUGCUGCUGCCGCUCUCUGUUCCUUCUGCUGGAAUGUUUGCUGCUAGCUUAGUUGGUUAGGGGUUCAACAAGGGCAGGGGAGAAGACAGUGAGAGGGGUGAGGUUAGUUGGAGAAGAGAAGUUAGAUUUUAUUUUUAUUUUAUUUUUUAGUGAAUGGGAUAAUGAUGUGGAAAAUAAAAAAGAUUAAAUUUUAAAUUUUUAUAAUUUUUAAUUGUCGUGUCACUCAUUUAACGUUCAACUAUUAGAGUUGACUACCACAUCAGAAAAAGUUAACGGAGCUAACGGAGAGUGACCAAAUUUAAACUGUUGAACUAAUCUUAGUGACCAUGAAUGGAAUAAAUUAAUUAUAGUGGCAAACAUGAAAUUUUUUAGUAAUUCUAGUGACCAAACUUGCAAUUUAAUCAAUUAUUUAUUCUACAUUCUCUCAUUAAAAACUACAUUCUCUUUUGAUUCUUGAAAAACCUUAAUUUUUAAUCUGGUUGAACUUUUCAUUUGUGGCGAUUCUCGUCAUCAUCAAUUUUGAUAUUAUUAUUAUUUUUGAGUACCUUUAAAUUAAUUUGUCCAACCUGAAUUUUAAUUUUUCAUGUACCAACCAAUGAAGAAUAUAUUUACGACGAUACUCGUUAUUGUUGAUAUCAACAAAAAUCUUCACAUUCAACUCUUCAAUCACUGGAGGAUGAAUCCAUUUGAAAUCGUGUAGCUCUAAACAAUCGUAUUACAUGUAUGAAUCAAAACAAUUAAUACAUUUUUUUUGGAAGAAAAGAGUAUGGUAGUAUACAAAUUGAUUCCUAAGUUGUGGGAUGGUGGUCAAGGUGGAAAGCAAUAGGAUGGUCAAAGGUGUAAAUAAUGGUAGAAGGAAGUGGCAUAUGUUAAAGCAGCGGGUCAGGAGCGGCCAGCGAUAAUUGGUUGGGGAAAGGGCCGGUGAUGGACGAAUAUUCCACCAUCAUGUCUCGGGAAUGUCAACAGGCCGGAGCUCCGGUAAGGGAAAGAACGGCGGUGGCAUAUUGGACCGGUAACUAAUUCCUAUCUUUUGAUUUAAUUAAUUGGUCUUUCCUUCUUUUCUUCGUUUCUCUGUUUCUGGUUGGAAUUUUAUGGAUUCAAUAUCCAAGUUUGUAGAGUUUUCAACACCGUCCAUUGUCCAAUGUGUCCAUAUUCAUUAUUCAGUCCGUAAGUACUAAGCUGUAAUCAAGUUGUACGUAAAAAGUAGUGUUGUACCUGUGUCUGUUUUUACUUUUUACAUUGAUAAUCAAAUGGGCUUCCUUUGGGAACCCAUCAAGCCACUCUUAUCAUGGGCUAAUAGCCUUCUCACCAUAAAACCAGCCAGAAAAGACCUUACGAGUAACUAGAUUUGAAACCCAGCCCGUUAGCCGGAUGCAUUAUUUCAAAAAUAUUAGCAAUCAUUGUUACAUCGUAAGCAAGAUAUAUUUUUAUUGGUAUCAAAAGUCAAAAUAUCCGAACUAUUCAAUUACUGGAAUUUUUUUAAAAGGAACAUACAUCAUAGUAUUUUCUAAUAUGCUAACCGGUUCAUCAACAAAAGUACCUUGCCCGUUGGCUGGAUGCAUUAUUUCAAACAUAUAAGCAACGUUUGUAAUUGUACGAAGUAAGGUAUAUUUUUAUUGAUAUCUAAAGUCAAAAGAUUUGAACUAUUCAAUUAAUGAAAAAAAGGAACAUACAUCAUAGAAUUUUCUGAUAUGUUAACUGGUUCAUCAAUGAAAGUUCUUACUGAAAAUAAAAAAUAGAACUCAUGAAAGGGAACUAACUCUUAAAAAACUUCAGUAAACUACACUUCAAAUU